ACUACCACAGGUACUGCUAAAAAACACAGAGGCUAGCUACACACAUACACAGCUGUCAAACACGCUACACACGUAACACACUCGCUGGCACACUGCUAACGUACAGACACAUACACGCAGGCAUACACACUCUGACACACACACACACACACUCACACACACGCAGGGCACACACUCUCACACACACUCUCUCUCACACACGCAGGGCACUAUCUCUCUCACACACUCUCUCCCACAAACGCAGGGCACACACUCUCUCUCUCUCACACACACACACACACACACACACACUCUCACACACACACACACUCUCUCUCAGGGCAGCACCAUGGCGAGCAUCGCGGCUGACCUGGCGCGCAGGAAAGCGAGGGAUGAUGGCGAGGGGACCAAUCAGAAGGCGGUGCCGUUUAACAGGCAGGACUUCCUCUCCCUGCGGGACCAGUGCCUCCGCAGCGGGACCCUCUUCUGCGACGACUCUUUCCCCGCCCAGCCGCCCUCCCUGGGGUACAACCAGUUCGGUCAAUUCUCCCCCAAAACCAGGGGCAUGGUGUGGAAGAGACCCACGGAUUUGUGUUCAAACCCACGAUUCAUCGUCGGUGGAGCGCAGAGAACGGACAUCUGCCAGGGAGCCCUGGGAGACUGCUGGCUCCUGGCUGCCAUUGCCUCCCUGACCCUGGAUAAAGAUAUCCUGGCCCGUGUAGUCCCUGCAGGCCAGAGCUUUGAGGAGAACUACGCUGGGAUCUUUCACUUCCAGUUCUGGCAGUAUGGAGAGUGGGUGGAUGUGGUGAUUGACGACAGGCUGCCCACCAAAGACGGGGAGCUGCUGUUUGUCCACUCGGCCGAGGGGUCUGAGUUCUGGAGCGCCCUGCUGGAGAAGGCCUACGCCAAGGUGAACGGCUCCUACGAGGCGCUGUCGGGGGGGUCCACCACGGAGGGCUUUGAGGACUUCACCGGCGGCAUCUCUGAGAGCUACGAGCUGAGCCGGGCACCGCCCUAUCUCUUCAAGAUCAUCCAGAAGGCCCUGUCCCGUGGCUCCCUGCUGGGCUGCUCUAUUGACAUCAGCAGUGCGGCAGAGACAGAGGCCAUCACUCGACAGAAGCUGGUGAAGGGACACGCCUACUCCCUCACUGGAGCCGCAGAGGUGCACCUGCAUGGGACCCCAGUGCAGCUGGUGAGGAUUCGCAACCCCUGGGGCCAGGUGGAGUGGACUGGAGCCUGGAGCGACAACUCCAGGGAGUGGGACAGUGUCCGUCCAGAGGAGAAGAUCAAGCUGGACCAUUCAGCUGAGGACGGAGAGUUCUGGAUGGCGUACUCUGACUUCCUGAGGCAGUACUCGAAGCUGGAGAUCUGUAACCUCACGCCGGACACACUCACCAGCACUGGGGUCGGCCGCUGGAGUCACUGCCAGUUCGAGGGGACCUGGAGGGUGGGGUCCACCGCAGGGGGCUGCCGCAACAACCCGGCCACGUUCUGCUCGAACCCGCAGUUCCAGAUCUGUCUGGACGCGGUGGACGACGACCCGCACGACGGGGAGGACGGCUGCAGCUUCCUGGUGGGGCUCCUGCAGAAGGACGGCCGCAGGGAGCGCCGCUUCGGCCGCGACCUCAACACCAUCGGCUUCGCCAUCUACGAGAUCCCAGAUGAGUAUAAGGGCCGCUCUAACGUGCACCUGGGGCCAGACGUGUUGCUACGGCAACGUGCCGUGGCCAUGAGCUCCAGCUUCACCAACACGCGCGAGGUGUGCGACCGCUUCAAGCUCCCGCCCGGCGAGUACGUCAUCGUGCCCUCCACCUUCGAACCCCAUCGCAAGGGCAGCUUCAUCCUCAGGGUGUUCUCCGAGAAGCAGGCGAAGGCCAGCCCCAUGGAGGAGGACCUCAAUGCGGAUGUUGAAGAGCAUGACAUCACAGACAGCGAUGUGGACCCCCAUUUCAAACACCUCUUCAUGCAGAUUGCCGGAAAUGAUUCUGAGAUUUCUGCCGCUGAACUUGUUCAGAUUCUGAACAGAGUUGUUUCUCAAAGAGCUGAUGUUAAGACGGAUGGAUUCAGCCUGGAGACCUGCCACCACAUCGUCAGCCUGCUCGAUUCAGACGGCAGUGCAAGGCUGGGACUGGUGGAGUUUCACCUCCUGUGGAUGAAGAUCCAGAAAUACCUGGAUGUGUUCAGGAGCCACGACUCGGACGGCUCUGGUACCAUGAGCAGCCACGAGCUGAGAGGAGCUCUCACUGAAGCAGGCUUUCAACUCAACAGCGAGGUUCUGGAUGUGAUCGUGUCCCGCUAUGCUAACGCUCAGAGCGCCAUAGACUUUGACUGCUUCGUAGGCUGCCUGGUCCGCCUCGAGAUGCUUUUCAAAAUUUUCAAAACGUUGGACAAAAAGAACACUGGGAAGAUUGAGCUGGACAUACGGCAGUGGUUAUGUCUGGCCAUCAACUAAACUCAUCAAUCAUCAACCAUCAAUCAUCCUCCUCUCAGAGACAGGGGACCAAUCACCAACCCGCUUCACUCUCAGCGUCGCAGAUCAUUAUGACACACAUACUCCAUUACAGACAAAGCUACUUGAAUUCUCACUCAUAAAAUCUGCAGUAUAGAUGCGUGGUGUGGAUUUAGUGUGCUUUUAAGUGAAUAUUUUUUAAUCUUUUGAUGUGUAACAUGCUUUCAGAUUAGCUUAUUUUGUUGAGUAUAUUAACUAAUAACAUACAUCAUAAUUUUACCACUAAUAUUAUCACAAUAAAACUAUUAGUUUAAUACCUGCAGUUUUCAUUUGAUCCAUAUUUUAUAUCAUUUUUUACAUGUCAUGACAAAUUUCAGUUAAUUUCAGCUAUGAACAGUAGCAGUUUCUCACCACGGCAUAGAUUUGCCCCUGAGCCAAACGUCUGUGAGGAAAGUUUUUAUUUACAGAAAAUAAAGCUAUUAAUACAA